GUUACUUGAUUGGAAUUUCUAGCCUCUUCGAGAAGUACGCUUGAAGGAUUGAUUUAGUAAAGAUGGAAACCUAUGAUGUGAAAUCAAGCCAGUGUCAUGUUGGGAUUUUGUUCUGCAGUGAAUGCAACAACAUGUUGUAUCCUAAAGAGGAUAAGCGUACAAAAACAUUAUACUACGCAUGUCGUAACUGUGAUUAUUCCCAGGAAGCAGACAAUCCCUGUGUUUAUAUCAACAAACUCGAACAGGAAGUUGAUGAAUUGGCUUUAAUUGUACCGGAUGUUGUUCAUGAUCCAACACUGCCUCGAACAGAAGAUCAUAUAUGUCGUCGAUGCGGUAAACAAGAAGCUGUAUUUUUUCAAUCACAGACAUUGAAAGCGGAAGAAAAUAUGCGUUUGUAUUAUGUUUGUACCAACGUUGAAUGUUUACAUAAAUGGACUGAAUAGAUUAUAUAUAUAUGCUAUGAAAGGAAGUCCUGAAUAAGAACUAAACUUGUAAAAAACGUAUUACAAAAGUUUUGAAUUUGAGUCAUUUACAUAAAAUUUUAUUUAUGUUCUUAUAGAUGGUCACCUACCUAACACGGGAG